ACAUAAAAUAGCUGAUAAUUCUGUGGAUAUGCAGAGAAAGUGAAGCAAAGGUCAAAGUAAGACAGUUGAAGAGAGAGAGGGGGUAAUGAUUUAAGGGAGGGGCAGAUCAGAAAUCUCGUGAUGGAAUUUUCAUUCUUUUCUUAAUUUUUGAUUUUUAUCAGCAGUAAUAAUGUUCAGAGUUUAUAAUCUGCAACAAAAACUUCAACAAGACUGAAAGAACUAGUUGCUGAGAAACAGCGGAUAGAAAACCAGAUAAGAUUGAUCGAUCGUGUUAAGGGAAUUGGAUUGUUUUAAAAGAUUGAUGGGUCGCUGUGGGAGGCAUAAUGGUGCAGUGAGGCAAUAUAUAAGAUCAAAGGUGCCUCGUUUAAGAUGGACUCCUCAACUUCAUCACUGUUUUCUUCAUGCCGUUGACAGACUUGGUGGCCAACAUAAAGCUACGCCAAAGCUUGUUCUUCAGUUGAUGGAUGUGAAAGGACUCACCAUUUCACAUGUCAAGAGUCAUCUUCAGAUGUAUCGAAGCAUGAGAAGUGAUUAUGGCAGACAGGUUAAGAGCUCAACCUAUGAAAGAAGACAAUCUUUUGAUGAUAACCAUGACUUUGAUGGACGUGUUGUACCGAUUGAAGAAUCAUGUUCUCAUUUGAUCUACAAUAAUCCAUUUCCUUCUAAAAGGCAUGGAAUAUGUGAGACGAGGGUCUCGAAUACGUGCUCCUUUGAUGAUUAUAAGCAAACCAUGGAUGCACGUAAGAGGAUAAAACAAGACAAUGGGGGUUACGUAUGGGAUCAAACAAUCAACGAUUCUCAUUCAUUGGGUCAACCCUUAGCUUUGUCUCUGCCACAUGAUCUUUACAGUCUCAACGCUUUCAGAUCAUAUUCAUUGGCAACCAAGGUAGAAGUAGAAGAUCAGAAACGUGCACAUGCGCAAGACGCUAAACUUGUCGAACGUAAUAUAAGGAGACAGGAAGAAGAGGAUGGUGGAGGUGGUGGCUGUGAGUUAUCAUUGUCAUUGUCGUUGCAAUAUCAUAAUACAUCUUCCACAAGUGAAACCAGCAGCAGCGAGGCAUUCUCUUCGUACUUAAGAUCAAAUUAUAAAGACUGCUGGGGCUCCUCUUCUACUUCUACUUCUUCAUCGUCAUCGUCAUCUUCAUCAGUCACCCGACGUAGUGCUAUAAACUUAGAUCUAUCCAUUGCUCUUUGUGGGAACUAAUGUUUAGUUUAUAUGAAUCCUCCUCCUAUAGCUUGUUUCUUAUUUCUUUUGUUUUGGAUCAUCUAGGGUAAUUUCGUUUCCUUAUAAUACUUAAACAUGGAAUCUGGAGUUUUGUUUAAUUAGUUCGUCGUGUAGUCAUUUCCAAGAGAUGGAAUACGAGUAUCACCAGCUUUCUAGUA